AUGCCUUAUAGCCACAUUCUACCAUAUUUAUUGAGGGGAUCACUUGUGCAACUAAGGGAGUUAGGACCCCCACCAGCGGUUCUUCCUCCCGGUUAUGAUGCAAAUGCCCGCUGUGAAUUUCAUUCUGGCGCUCCCGGGCAUUCGAUCGAGAAUUGUAAAGCAUUAAAGUACAAGGUUCAAGAUCUUAUUGACUCUAAGGCAAUCACGUUCGCCCCCAAGAGGCCGAAUGUGAAUAAUAACCCGAUGGCCCCUCACAACAAUGCAUCGGUGAAUAUGAUGGAAGCUGACAAUGGAAGGAGAUUGAUAUCCUGUGUGGACGAGUUAAAAACACCACUCAUCGAGAUCAAGAAUGCUUUGAUGAAGAAUAAUACCUUUCCCAUCUGUGGUAAUGACUGUGAACAUUGUCUGAUUAACCCGCAACAAUGUAGAACAUUGAAGUCUGUCAUACAACAAUUAAUGAACCAAGGGAUCUUGGUGGUAGACUGCCCAUCCACAAAGGAAGAUGUGUCUACCCUCGAGAUACCAUACGAUAAAGUCCCUCCUCUGCAAAUUCCAUAUGAAUUCUAUCAGUUAACUCUGUCGACAAAUCCUAUUACUCCAAUCAUAAUAACAGUUCCCACACUAUUCCCAUAUGUUGACACCAAGGCAGUCCCUUGGAUGUAUGACACCUCAGUCUACAUUCAUGGUCAGAAGAUUCAAGAAGAACCGAUAAAGUCUAGUGACCCAAUGAUCAAUAUCACCGACACUAGCAGAGUCACAAGAAGUGGAAGGAUAUUUGCACCGACACCCACUCCAAUUGGAACUAUCAAUCCUUCAACUUCAGACAAAGGCAAACAAAUUGAUGGCGCUCAGCAAAGACAAGACCCCGCACCUUCAAGUGAAGUAGAUGAGUUCUUACGCAUUAUCAAGAAGAGCGAUUAUCGAGUAGUUGAUCAGCUUAACCAGACACCCUCUAAGAUCUCAAUGUUGUCUCUAUUGAUGUGCUCGGAGGCCCAUAGGGAGGCUUUGGUAAAGUUUCUGAGGACAACUCACGUACCGCAAGAGAUAUCUGUUUGUCAGUUUGAAGGAGUAGUUAACAAUAUCGCUACUAGCUUAAGCUUAGGACUCGUAAUGAAGCCGAGUGAGCUUAUAGUAAGAGCAUUUGAUGGGACUAGAAGGACUGUAAUCGGUGAGGUGAAUUUGCCUAUGAAGAUUGGUCCCCAUAUUUUUCUUAUCACUUUCUUCGUAAUAGAUAUCUAUCCAGCCUACAGUUGUCUACUUGGGAGGCCUUGGAUCCAUUCAGCUGGUGCAGUCACUUCAACGCUCCACCAAAAAUUGAAAUUCUUAGCUGAUGAUAAGCUAGUUGUUGUCGAGGGUGAGGAGGAGAUUAUGGUAAGUCACCUCGCAUCUUUCCGAUACGUUGAGGGAGAAGGGGAGAUAAGGGAAGUCCCAUUCCAAUCAUUUGAAGUUAUCAAUGUUAAAAUGGUUUGCCCAGCAAGGGGUGAAUCAAAAGAUGCCGAAUCUCCCAUUGCAUCUCUUAAAGACGCCCUGCCAAUCAUAAAGGAUGGACACCCCCAAGGAUGGGGAAGAUUGCUUGAACUUCCUGCCAACAAGGACCGCACCGGUUUGGGAUACAACUUCCAAAAUUUGAAGAAGCCCGCGCUGAUAGCUACAAGGGGAUCAGUGCUCCCGCUGUUCGACAACUUCUCAAGUGCUGGUUACCUGGAUGACAAUCGUAUUUGUGUCGUGGAAGAAGAAGAAGAAGAAGAAGAUGAUGGCUUGAUCUUCACAAAGACUGAUGGAAACGGUGCUACCAAAUGGACCGAGUUUGAAAUACCUAAAGUGACCUUGAUCAAAAUGUAA